AUGCUCCCAGAGCGCUUCAUUCACGAUGUCCAGACUCCAACGGACGUGCAAAACAUCAACAAGCAGUUCCCGGUGGCAGCAGGGUCGGAUUGGGCAGACACCCAGUACACCGAUCGGAUCAAGAUAUAUUUGGACGACACUGGCGGUGGCCAGGCCAUUGAUCCAGGCGAGUAUCGGUUCAGCUUCCCGGCUCUGGUGCCACCGAGCAUGCUGCGACCUCAGAACUGUAGUAUACCAUAG